AUGGCUUCCUCCAACAUAUUCCAAAUCUCAUUCUCCCUUAUUUUCUUAACAUUCUUCUUCAUCCUGUUACUCAACAAAGUGAACUCAAUAGAAUUCACUUCCUUUGCCAUAAUAGAGUUUUCCCAAGAUCAAAACAAUCUAAUCUUCCAAGGUGAUGCUUAUAUUAGCUCAUCAAACAAGUUACAACUCAACAAGGCAAAAAGUAGCUCAGUUGGUAGAGCACUGUACUCUGAACCUAUCCACAUUUGGGAUAGCAAAACAGGUUUAGUAGCUCACUUUGAUACAUCCUUCAAUUUCAUCAUAACUGCACCUGACUCCGGCAAUGUUGCAGACGGUUUUACUUUCUUUCUUGCACCAGUAGAUACUCAACCUCAAGAUGGUGGAGGAUUUCUAGGGCUUUUUAAUGACAAAUAUUACAACAGAUCACUUCAAACUGUUGCUGUUGAGUUUGACACAUAUUAUAAUUCUGAUUGGGAUCCAAGAGAUCGACAUAUCGGAAUCGAUGUAAACUGUGUUAGGUCUACAAAAACUAAGCCAUGGGUUUUCAGGGAUGGUGGAGAGGGUAUUGUUCUGAUAAAAUUUGAUGCUUCUACUAAUGUGUUAAGUGUUACUUUAUUUACUGAGGAUGGUAUUUAUACACUCAGUGAUGUUGUGAAUGUGAAGGACGUUCUUCCUGAGUGGGUAAGGGUUGGAUUCUCAGCUGCCACUGGACGUGAUUUUUCAGUUCAUGAUAUUCUUUCAUGGAGAUUUUCUUCUAUUUUAAACCACCAACCAAGCUCCAUGCAAGCUGCUGCUGCAUAGUUUUCUCAAUCUAUAAGAAAACUAAAUAAUAAGAAUAUUCUGGAAAUAAUAAUGAUCGUUAUCAUGUGUUUAUUAAUUUCGUUAAAAAAAAAAUCAUGUGUUUCUUAUGUAUUAUGUCAUUGUAUGUUUUUAUCUCUCAACUGCUUAUACAUCUCUUUAGGUGAAUA